AUGUUUUUCCCUUUCACCCUGUCUGCUCACCAGCGCGCAUGCGCUUGGAAGCAGCAGGAGCGACUGGGAAAAAUCCAAUCUCUUCCUUCCGCAUUUUUCCAACCUCUCUCUCAUCAUGAGGAGAAAAUACACAGUCUUUCACUUUCUCAAAUCGUUUCCAAGUGCACCGCUAGUACCCUGUCUCCCGCCGAGGUCAUGAUGGCCUUUGGCAAGAAGACACUUAGCGCUCAGCAAUCAACUAACUGUCUUUCCGAUGUGCGGGUCUUACAAGCUCUCCUUGACCUCAAAAGUGUGGCCAGGGAGCAAACCUACGGGCUAUCUGACUCAGCGACCUCAGUCCAUGCCCGCCCCCUUCUCGGCGUUCCCAUCAGCAUUAAGGACACUAUCGAUAUCGCUGGCUACGACUCGACCAUCAGCUGUUCCCGAAACGUCGGUCGGCCUGCAGCCAAAUCCUCCGCAAUAGUUCGCCUCCUUCAAGACGCUGGCGCGCUGAUCCACGUCAAAACAAGCGUUCCGACCUGCCUACUUUCACUCGAGACCGAAUCAGAUUUAUUUGGCGUCACCAGUAACCCAUAUAAUCCAGCUUUUACUUGUGGCGCAUCGUCAGGUGGCGGGGCUGCCCUUCUUGCCUCUGGCGGGGCGAAGAUUGACAUAGGGUCAGAUAUUGGUGGUAGCGUUCGAAUCCCGGCUCAUUUCUGCGGUCUGUGGAGUCUGAAAGGCAGUGCUGGACGACUUCCGUCUACGGGACAGGCUUCUUCCCUGCCAGGUUUCGAGGCCGUACAGCUCAUCUGCGCACCGAUGGCCACCACCCUCGAGGACUUGACCGAAUUCUGGAAACGGACGGUCGGUAUGAAGCCGUGGUUUUACGACCCUCUCUGCGUACCCUUGGAAUGGCGGCCAGUUGACAUACUCGGACAAAAUCGCAAACUGAAAUGGGGUAUUGUCUGGGAUGAUGGGAUCAUUCCAGCGUCCCCAGCAUGCAGACGCGCCCUCGCUACAGCCGCAUCCGCACUGAAAGAACAAGGGCACGAAGUAGUGAACUUCUCGCCCCCAAGCAUAAUAGAUGGUCUUAAAAUCGCCAAUCAAUUAGUAUUUGCUGACGGAGGUGCUCAAGUCAAAUCUGCUCUUCAACCAACCGAAUUCGCCGGACCUGCACUCUCCUCAGUCUUCACUCUCAUUUCGCUUCCCUUGUUUCUGAAAAAGGCUAUCGCGUACUUCUUGAAACCUUUUGAUCCCAUCUACGCCGGCUUUCUCGAAAUCCUCCACCCGAAAUCCAUUGUGGAAGAACGGCAACUCGUCACGGCCCGAGACGAAUACCGUGCUCAAUGGCACGAGCAGUGGCAACUCGACAACCUCGACUUCGUUCUGACACCACCCCACGCACUCCCCGCAUUCAAACAUCGACAAUGUGAGAAAGUGACCUUGAUGAGUGCCGGAAUAACUUUGAUCUUCAACCUCCUUGACUACUCAGCUGGUGUCAUGCCUGUGACUAAAGUGGACAAACUAACCGAUUCAUAUCCCAUUGACUUCUUCUCGUCCCAAGAAUAUCGAAAUUUCAACAUGAUUGCCAGGGGUGCGCACAGCGUAUACAAUGCCGAGGAAAUGCAUGGUCUUCCCGUAGGCAUCCAGGUUGUCGGCCGAAGGUUUGAAGAAGAGAAGGUCCUUGAAGGGAUGAGAGUAAUCCAGCACGCGCUGCGAUCGCACGGCGCUCGAGGACAGCAUCACCAUCACCAUCAUCAUUCAUCUUCAUAG